AUGAGAAGCGAACAUACCCCAAAAAUUUUUUUCAACUAUCGCCUUCUAAAACCUGAAAGCACUCAUUCGCAAAGCAACUUCUUUGAGUGUCUACCUCCCAGCACUGAUUCAACAGGCUUAGAAAAGAAGAAAGUGGAGCGUACAUCAAUAAGUGAUAAAACAAAAACGCUUAACGGCGCUCUCCACUCCUUGACACCAAAUCGUCUCCUCGCCACCGAACCUCCACCCAACUCACAUCCACUUUGGGCCAACAUUUUAACGGGGUAUCUGUCAUCUCUGGCCAUCACCACUGAACAUUCAUCCUUUCAGUCUACUCCCACUUCGAGAGACACCAAACACUUGACGGGAUUUUCCCAUUCCACUUUGAGACAUAUCGACCAGACCAUCUAG